AUGAAGGCAUUACUGAUAUUUGCUUUAAUAAUAAUAACAUAUCACGUCAUAUCUGCUGAGCUUAUAGAAUACUAUCCUUCUCAGAACACUUUGGAUAAUAUAAAUGGAAAAAUAAACAAUAAAAUUAAUAAGCGAGAAAUUAAAAGUGCUGAAUCAGCUAAAACUGACACAGAUAUUAUGGAAGCAAAUUAUAAAUGGAGACGUUUUAAUAAGGGUAUAUUAACAGAUGAAUCUCCAGUAAAGGGUCAUGAAAAGCAAAUCCAGAAUGCAAGUGAAGCUUCGAAAGUUGUCCCGAGCAAACGUUCAGUUGAUCCGGUUUUCCACGGACAUCCUAAAACUAGGGAAGAAUUAUGGAACGAACAUUUUCUCAAUGAGAGUUCUGCGUUCGAUCAAACGCCAUCACUCAUAAAGCUAAUCCAUAACAUUACUUUGACAUAUCUAACUGACUGCACUCCGGUUAUACUUUAUGACUACCAAGUAAAAUCUAAGGAAGACUAUAUGUUUCAAAAUCUGUUAAAGGGAUUUCCAGUUACAUUUGUCCAUGGAUAUAUCGAUGAUAAUUACAGAGUAGCCGAACCUAAACUGCUGCACCCUGUUCGAGAGUGCCUCCACUAUAUUGUUUUUAUAACUGAAGUGAAAAAAAGUGCAAUAGUAUUAGGAAAACAAUCCGACUGUAAAAUAGUGUUGAUUGCCAGAUCCUCGCAAUGGGCAGUCCAAGAAUUUUUAGCCGGACCACAAAGUCGCAUGUUUAUUAAUUUACUUGUCAUAGGGCAAAGUUUCAAAGAAGAUGAUGACAAUACCUUGGAAUCACCAUAUAUUCUGUACACGCAUAAACUGUACACCGAUGGAUUAGGCAGUAGUAUGCCAAUCGUACUGAACUCCUGGACACAUGGAAAGUUCUCGAGAGAUGUUAAUUUGUUCCCUCCGAAGAUGAUAUCAGGUUACGCUGGUCAUAGAUUCGUGGUUUCAGCUGCCAAUCAACCACCAUUUGUUGUUAGGAGGGUAAAAACAGAUGCCGAUGGUGGCAAUCCACGCGUUACGUGGGAUGGAAUUGAAAUCAGAUUGCUGAAAUUAUUAGCAGACAGGAAUAAUUUCUCUUUUGAAAUAGUGGAGCCUCAAGAACCAACCCUAGGCCCAGGAGAUGCAGUGGUUAAGGAGAUAGCUCAUGGUCGAGCUGAUAUAGGAAUAGCAGGGAUGUACAUGACGUAUGAGAGAUUCCGGGACAUGGAUGUGACCUACGCGCACUCCCAAGAUUGUGCUGUAUUCAUCACUUUGAUGUCCACUGCUUUACCUAGAUACCGAGCUAUUCUAGGUCCCUUCCAUUGGCAUGUGUGGGUGGCUCUUACCUUUACGUACCUGUUCGCUAUAUUCCCUCUAGCAUUUUCUGAUAAACAUACCCUCCGCCAUCUUCUGCAUAACUCCGGAGAAGUAGAGAACAUGUUUUGGUACGUUUUUGGCACUUUCACAAAUUGCUUUACCUUUCUUGGGAAGAAUUCUUGGAGCAAGACUACGAAGAUCACUACAAGGCUUUUAAUUGGAUGGUAUUGGAUAUUCACAAUAAUCAUCACGAGUUGCUACACUGGAUCUAUUAUUGCGUUUGUGACAUUACCAGUUUUCCCUGAAACUGUGGAUACUAUACAACAACUACUGAAAGGAUUUUAUAGGAUUGGCACUUUAGAUCGAGGAGGCUGGGAGCGAUGGUUCUUCAACUCAUCGGAUUUCCUGACAAACAAAUUGUUAAACAAGUUGGAAUUGGUGCCAAAUGUGGAGGCGGGUAUCAGAAAUACGACGAAAGCAUUUUUCUGGCCUUACGCUUUCUUGGGAUCUCAGGCAGAGCUUGAAUAUAUUGUGCAAGCUAAUUUUACUGCAACUAAGAAACGUGCAGUGCUGCAUAUUUCCAAUGAAUGUUUCGUCCCUUUUGGCGUUAUCAUGGGCUUUCCCAACAACUCCCUCUACACUGCCAAACUUAAUAGCGAUAUCAUGAGAAUGUCACAAAGCGGUCUCGUUGACAAAUUUGUGGACGAAGUCAGGUGGGAAAUUCAGAGAAGCUCCACUGGGAAACUACUUGCGGUUGUUCCUGGAGUACUCAAAACUGUGUCGGUGGAAGAGAAGGGUCUAACUCUAGAAGACACUCAGGGAAUGUUCCUUCUCCUAGCGGCUGGCUUUCUUCUUGCUGCUACUGCUCUUUUGUCGGAAUGGAUGGGAGGCUUCACUAGAAGGUGUCGACAACUGAGAAAGAAGGUUAAUACACCAGCAAGUGCCAAUUCAAGAGAAAACUUAAUAACUACACCCAAAUCGGACAUAGAUGAUGAAAUGAAGUUAGCUACUGAUGAAACUGAUAGUAGACUUAACUUUAAAACUAGAUCUUCAACUGCUGAAUCUAGAGAUACUCUUGAUGGGGAAAUAAUAAAUGUAACUGAGGAAAGAAUUAUUGUUCACAAUAACUUAGAUUAUGAUGAUUGGGACUCUAGAAGAUCGAGUUCAGUGGACGUGGAUAGAGAAGUGAGGGAGAUAUUUGAAAAAGACCAGAGUAGGAGAAGAUUUGUUACUGAAGAAGUAAUCGAAUUGUCAGAAGAAAAAAGGGAAGAAACGGCAUCCACUGGAGCAUUCGGUGAUCAUUUGAAAUAA